CCUGCUGCAGGGUGAGAGCUCAGAGCAGAUCGGAUCGGAGACGAGACACGUUGCUGGUUGCUGACUCUUCUGGCUCUCCCCUUGCAAAGGACAGCUCCACGUCGCCAGAAUCAGACGCUAGACUUUCCAAAGCAACACAACAACCCACAGUCAGGACUUGAUUCUGGUUCAUCUUCAUUCACCUGAACAUGCAGCGGCGAACAAACAGGAGAGGAUGCACUGAGAAUUUUGUAAAAGAAAGGCAUUUAAAGCUUCCUGAGCUGAAGGAGGCUGCUAUAAAAAUUAAUCAUCCAAACAAGUACAUCUACAGAGACGACAUCCCAGCAUAUCCUCAACCAAAGUUCCAAGUCAGUUUUUUGAAACAUGACACAACACGUGUGGGCUUGGAAGGAAUCCGGCAGGAUGAAGGCUUUAGGAAUCCAUAUGGUAAAUCCAUGCUUUGGUGGAGCCUGCAUGUGAGACCGGAGGAUGUGGAAGCUGCUGAGAAGCAGCUCAUGGAGGAGACGUACCCUAAUAUGAACGGGAAGAUCGACCUGCCGAACUUCGCGAAGUCCCCGGCCUUUUUAUCCACAUCCCGGUUGGGCAACUUCCGCUUCAUCUUUCCCCUGGAUGAAGUGUUAGAGGCCUACAGUCGGCAGUUCUGUGCUGGUGGUCAGCCGGUCAUGCGGGUCUUUGAGACGGUCCUGUACAAACAGGAAAUUAUGUACUCAGUGUUGGUCCACAGUCCAAAUGGUCCAGAGGACUUCUCCCGGUAUCCUUUGUUGGCUGAAGACCAGAACGCCGUCUGCUUCUUCAAAGACGGCAGAUUCAUCUGGAGGUCAGAGGCCAUGUGUGAGACGCACGGGUUCAAGCUCAUCCAAAAUGACAACAACUUAACAGUUGAGGAGAUCCCUCUGUAUCUCGCACCUUAUUAUGUCUGGGACAACGUUGCCAUCGCUUUCCACGUCGGGGAAACGGUGCUGAAGUUUGAUGUGAAUCAACUCAGGCAGAACCUGAAGUCCUGUAAACGAGACUCUGUGACAUACAACUACAGAGAAGAUCUGACUGCUGAAGAUCCUGAAGCAGUGAUCAGGAACUUAUGGCCAGAGGAGGAAGAGGAUGUGCCUUGUCCCUCUAGGCUCGGUGCACACAAUCACACACACUCACAUUCACACCUUGAGACAGAUUAAAGUCACCACUCAACCUAUGAAGAAUGUCUUAACACAGAAAAGCCCCGGCCAGGAUUUGAACCGGUGGUAACUACUGCGCCACCGUGCAGCCCUGUUAAAAAAGCUGAAAAACUAAAAAACAACACCAGAAAAACUUUUAAAAAAAAGUUUAAUUAUUGUUUUUUCCUGGUUUGUAAAUUACGGGUUAAUAAAGCUGAACGAGACCAUCAGAUACAGGAUCUAUUUACGUCAUACUUUUGCAGGAACAGAAUAUUUUCUAAUCCAGGUGUAACUAUAAGUGAUGAGUGUUGCUCAUUAGGAUGCAGAAAGAUUUGGCUGAGCAUGAUUUGUGCAGAUAACAAUGACAACAACUUUAAAGUGACCUGAGCGGUUUAUGAAAGGUCAACAAGUAACCUAAAGAUCCAACAUUUACUGGUGGAUUUCAUGGAUCCGCUGAGGGUAGAGUUAGUCUUCAUGUUUACAGUCAGAUGAACAGUGGUGGUCGUUCUGUCAGCAAAGCUUUUUUUACUCCGAUUACCAAGCAGUGAAAAAACAGGUGUUUGUGUUGCUCCUCAGCCUCUGAGCAGCUUCAUCCUGUCUGUAGACGUUUAGUGAGUGUGGACGGGGUAAACCUGAGUUCUUCCAGACCUGGACACUGCAUUUGUAUGUGAGGAUGUGACGUUUUCCAACUGUAAAAUCCCAAACAUCUUCUCUGUGCUGUUUCAGAGACGAUGAAGCUGCACUUCCUCAGCCCCCCUCCUGAAACCCCCCCUCCUCUGACCAACCUGCAGCUCCUCCCACCUGCGACGUCUUCUGCUCUUAAGCCAAUAUUUACAUUUUCAACUGUUUGCUCUGAAAUGCCUGCUUUAGCCCCUCCCCCUUUUGUCCCCACCAAUCACAGACGUGUGUCAAGUUGUUGAUUAUGCUGAUGAUUCUCUUUCUAAAGAUGAAUAAUAACUAACAUGAUGACUUUUAUUUUGGAUAAUUUUCCUUCAGUUUUUGUUUUGGGUGAUUUCUGAUCAUGUCUGUAUGAUCUCAGGACUUUUUACACAAUCCUUUCUAAAGUCAGAUGUUUUAUGAUUUUACUGCAUGUUGGAGUCAUUAAGUGGAGUUCAAUAUUUUAAGGAUUUAUUUUAGCAAUUGUGAUUGUGUGCUGUUUUCUUAUUCUUUUAAUCUUUUAACCUUUGAGUUAAUAUCACAGAGAAUCAAAGAAGCACUGAGCCUUCAUUCAACGGUCAACACUAGAUGAACGGAACUGACUUUAUGCAUGAAUUCAUGUAAUAAAACAGUUUUUGCUUUUCUCA